AUGGAGGAACUUGUUCCCAUCUUUGUUAAAAUCGGUCUUUCCGAGCAGAAGGCCAAGGACACCGCCAAGAACAAAAAGCUCGCACCUAGUCUUGAGGCUGUCAUUGACGAAGCCAAGGUUCGCGACGCUGGCUGUGACAAGGACACUGGCAAUCUCUUAUACCAAAUCGCAUCGACGAUUAGCAAGGAUGCUUUGAAGCACCGUGCAUACAUUGUCAGCAAAAUUAUGGCAGGCGAUCUCAAGACGGCUGAUCAAGUGUCAGCUGCUAUCAAAUACGUCGAAGACUGCACUGAACCAAUUGCAACCGAAGCGUUCAACGAAGCCACUGGUGUAGGUAUCGUUGUUACGCCCGAACAGAUCAAAUCAGCCGUCGCCGAAUACAUUGCCAGCAACAAGGAAAACAUUGUUGAGAACCGAUACCGUGUACUGGGCCCAUCCCUCGCCAAUUCUCGCAAACAGCCAGCCUUACGUUGGGCUGACGGUGUUGCUGUCAAGAAUGAACUUGAGGCCCAAUUCCUUGCCCUGUUGGGUCCCAAAGACGAACGCGACGCGCCCCAGAAGAAGAAGAAAAAGGAAAAGAAGGAAGCACCUGCUGCUGCAGCUCAGAAGAAAAAGGUCCAAGAGGACAAGCCUGUCAACUUGUCCAACAUGUUCUUUGAGGGCGAAAUUUCCAAGCUGCAUAAACCGGGAGGCAACAAGCAGAUCAAGCCUGAAUUGAUGGAGGAGCAUUUGAAGGCAACGGGCAGUAAGGUUGUCACUCGAUUCCCACCCGAACCCAACGGCUACUUGCACAUUGGGCACGCCAAGGCCAUCAAUGUCAACUUUGGUUAUGCCAAGGCACACAAUGGUAUCACUUAUCUGCGCUACGACGACACCAACCCUGAGGCCGAGGAGGAAAAGUAUUUCUUGUCAAUCUUGGAAACAGUCGAAUGGCUUGGUUUCGAACCGUUCAAGAUCACCUACUCGAGUGAUUACUUCCAGCAGCUGUAUGAGUUGGCUGUCAAGUUGAUUGAAAAGGGAUUGGCAUACACGUGUCAGUGCACGGGCGAGGAAAUUCACGCACACCGUGGUGGCGACGAUGGUGGCGCACGUACAGCAUGUGUCCAUCGCGACCGACCCAUCAAGGAAACGCUUGAGCAGUUUGAAAAAAUGAAGGAGGGUCGAUACAAGGAAGGCGAGACGACGUUGCGUAUGAAGAUGGAUUUGGAAAACGGCAACCCGCAGUUCUGGGACUUGAUCGCUUACCGUGUGCUAUUCACUCCACAUCACCGUACUGGCUCUGACUGGUGCAUCUAUCCUACCUACGACUUCACUCACUGUUUGGUCGAUUCUUUCGAAAACAUUACCCAUUCGCUCUGCACUACCGAAUUCAGACAGUCGCGUGAAAGCUAUUAUUGGCUCGUGGACGCUGUCGAAGUGUACAAGCCUGUCCAGUGGGAGUAUGGUCGUCUGAAUGUCACUGGAACCAUCAUGUCCAAGCGUAAGAUUCUGAAACUCGUCAACGAAAAGCAUGUCAAUGGCUGGGACGAUCCCCGCAUGUAUACCUUGGUCGGUAUUCGACGUCGCGGUGUGCCUCCAGAAGCUAUCAACAACUUUGUGCUGGAAUUGGGUAUCACUACAUCCAAGAGCACGAUUGACGUAAUGCGAUUUGACUCCAAGGUACGCGACUAUCUCGACAAGACCGUGCCACGCACCAUGGUUGUCAUGGACCCUAUCAAGAUCACCUUAGAGAACGUUGCAGACGACUUUGUUGAAUGGGUCACUGUUCCCAACGUGCCACGUAAACCCGAAAUGGGCGAAUACAAGAUUCCUUUCACAAAGGUGCUCUACAUUGAUUCUUCCGACUUCCGUGAAGUUGAUUCCAAGGAUUACUACCGCUUGGCACCCGGCAAGUCGGUUGGUUUGCUGCAGGUACCCCGGCCCAUCCACUGCGUUGAGGUUAAGAAGGACAGCAACGGCAAGAUUUCUGAGCUGGUAUGUCGAUACGAAAACGAAGGCGAGUUCAAAAAGCCAAAGACAUAUAUCCACUGGGUCGCUGAAGCACCCCAACUUGGCUCGCCCGUCCAGCUCGACCAAGUGCGUCUGUACGAACCACUCUUCCAUCACGCCAAUCCCGAUGAUGCACCGGGCGGUUUCUUGAACGAUCUUAACAAGGACUCGCUCAAGAUCGUUAACGGCGCAUUGGCAACUGUUGGUAUUUAUGACCAGGUAUCUGACUGGGUCAAAAAGACGGGAGGAAAGAACAAGGAAAGUAUGCGAUGGCAGUUUGUGCGAACGGGCUACUUCUGUCUGGAUUACGAUACCGAGUUGGAUGUUACCAAACAGGGCAAGGAAGCUUUGGGCAAGAUUGUCGUCAACCGAACUGUGACGCUCAAAGAAGACGCUGGAAAGCAGAUUUCAUAA